UUUAUAUAUAUAAUAAAAUGAACAUUACGGACUUUUUAAUAAUUUAAUUAUCUGUUGAAUAUGUGCUACAUUUUAAAUGAGGAUAUAAAGGCCAAAGAUACAAUGUGUCAAUCACAAUUUUAAUUGAUGCUAUCACAAAAAUGCAAAGUUAUAUUAGUACGUAAUUAUCUACAUAAUAAAUGAUGAAGAACAUCAGAAUGCAUGUUACGAAUAUCUUUAUCGGAUGUAAAGAAUGUCAAAGAACAACAACCAAUAACUUUAAUGUACCAUUUAAAUUUUUCAGUAAUAAUUUUUCAUUUUAUUUUAUACAUUAUCUUCUGUGAACUUUUUUAUAUUUGGAUAAAAUUCAUGCUUAUUUUUUUCAUAAAAUAUUUACUAUGUAAUAGCGUAAACAGUAAUUUAAAUAUUUGAAAAUCUCUAGUAUUUUUUUAGUGAAAAAUCGAUCACAAGAGGAAUGAACCAAUAGUAUCGAGGUAUGUUUCGUUUUCAUAUAGCGCGUUGUAGAUUCUUACAAAUGGUGGUGUGGGGUUAGAGUAGGAGUAGUAUGAAAAUAUACGGAAAUUAUGUCCGGUAUUCCACGUUAAUGAAUGUAUUGUCAUAUGUUUAAUACUUUUAAACAUCAAAAUAAUAAUAGAAUUUUAAAUUAACCGUAAUCAUUGUUAGCCAAAUAAGAAAAAUAUAUUUAGAUUUAAUCGUCUAUAUUAGCUAGAUUGAUAAUCAGGAUGUCAGAACAAUUUGUGGGUUGUACAGUUUCUGUAAAGUGUAUCGAAGAAGUUGGAACUUAUCAAGGACAAAUAGUGGAUUUAAAUAAGGAUUGUAUUAUACUUUCAAAAGCUUUUUGUAACGGAGUUCCUCAUAGUUCACCUAUAGUUGUAUUAUGUGCAAAGGAUAUAUUGAAUGUAGAGUUUAUAUCAAUUAAUAAUAUAGGAUUCGAUAAUAGUGAUACAAGUGAUAAUAAUCAAGCACAAAAUAAUAUAACUGUAAAGAGACCUAUUGCCAAAAGAGCUGGUAGAUCAUUUUCCGAAAGUGUUUCAUCCUCUGUUCAAUCCACAUCAUCACAAACACAAACUAAUUUUAAGAAGCCAAAUAAUAAUUCUCAACCCACAAUAGAACAACCUGCAAAUGGGAAAAUUCCAUUAGCUGAAUCUAUUGAUAAACCAAUACAAAAAAAAUUAAGUAGUAAACAAAGAAAUGAGCACACAUUUGGUACUCCAAUUGAUCAAUCCUUGAGUCAAGACUUUGAUUUUGAAAAGAAUUUAGCCCUAUUUGAUAAAGAGGCUGUGUGGCAAAAAAUAAAUUCUUUGAAGUCUAAGAAACAAAAGCAAGUAAACUAUAGGCACGAUGAAAAUAUUAUUGUUUCUGAACGUGCAGAUAUUAGGCAGAUACUGGUACCUAGUGCUGGUGAAAUAGAAUAUGUAACUGACAAUGGUUUAAUAAUUCCUAGUAUAACACUUAAUCUUCAUCGUCAAUUAAUAGGAGCAGCAGAUAGAUUGGGUAUUAGCUGGGAGCGUAGAGUGGAACUUCUUGGUCGUGCUGGUACAGAAAUUAUAUUGCAACUGUUAGGAGGAAGCCAUCGACUUAAUCCAAAUAAUGCACACCAGUGGCCAACGAUUAUUGCACUUUGUGGACCUCAUCGUUCUGGUGCUGCAGGUGUUAAUUGUGCUAGACAGUUAUCUAGUCACGGCAUUAAAACAAUAGUGUUUGUAGAAAAUUCCGAAGAUGUUUUUCUUCUACAAGAAUUGUCUUUGUACAAGUUAACAGGAAACAAAGUAGAAACUAAAUUUAAAAACUUGCCAUCAGUGGUGGAUUUGAUACUUGUAGCACUUUGUGACGAGAACUCACCAAAAAUGAUUACACCUAUAGCAAAGUGGGCAAAUAAUAAUAGGGCGCCUAUUUUAGCUAUUGAACCACCAGCUACAGGAACACCUGGUAUUCUUAGUAAAUGUAGCCUGCUUGGUGGAUUACCAUUAUCUCAUAGUGUUGACAAUGGCAAAUUAUAUUUAUGUAAUCUUGCAUUGCCAAACGAAGUAUAUGCGGACGUUGGUAUAACGUAUAGGUCUCCUUUUGGACCAAAAUUUGUCAUUCCUUUGCAUUCCAAUAAUUCUUAGCAAAUUUAUAAAAAGGAUGUUGUUUCUCACAAGAUGUUAUAAUUUAGUAUAAUUUUACUUUUAUGCCUUGCUAAUAAAAGUUUAUACUUAAAUCGCGAAGAUAUUGUCAGAAAUUAAUGAUAAAGAUCAUGUAUGAUGUAGCAUUUAAUGUUAUAGAGAUGAAGUGUAGUUUGUGUAGGAACAAUUAUAAUUUGGUGUGCAAUGCCAAUUGUGUGUAAUUGUUCUUUUAAAUGUGUAAGUAUACAGUGUAUACAAGAAACGAACAUAUAAAUGAUAAAUAUACAGUGUUUGGUUUUGUAAGUUACAUAAAAAAAAUAAAUGCUUUUAAAUAAAAA